AUGACCAAAAACCUUUUUUUAAAGGAUUUUUCUGCCUUACCUGAGGACGUAUUGAUAGAGAACGAAAGAGGCAUAACCUUACUUGGUUACCCACUUUUUUCUCCCAAGAUCUUGCUGACCCCGUUUGACCCACCACAAUUUCAACGAUUGAAUACCGAAAAUGGUUUACUAAUUCCUCUGUCGAAAAACACGAUAUCCAACUUCAUAGAGCUGUAUCCUAUUGAUCUAAGUACUGACCGUACUACAAGCAACGGCGAUUCUCAGAUGGCAAAAUGGUUUGUGUUGAUGGAUUACAAAGAAAUGUAUGAUAUCGAUGAUCAAGGAUGGUGCUACAGCUGGAAUUUCAAUAACUCUAGGUGGAAGUCAAAAAAUGGGUUUGUAAGAAGAAGAGUUUGGGUGAGACUGCCUACAGCUAGCCAUGCAUUAGAUUAA